AACGGAGCGGCAUAUAUCUGGGCAGCAUCACCGGGAACAUAAGCGGAGGCUGCCGCUCCUGGUAGUUGAAAGUUGAAUAAAAAGGAGUAGGGGGUGAACGUGAAAGAAAGAAAGAAAGAAAGAAAGAAAAGAAAAAAAUAAACACGCCACUUUAUAACACCACGUGGUGGCGAGUCCGAACUCUCGAUCGGAGUCAGUUAUACCCGCGGUUACAGUUCGUCGCUCAGUGUUCCUCUGACUUUUCGACCGUAUUGAGAUAACAUCGAUCCGGAUCAAAGGACCACACGGACGGAGGUCGAUGCGAUACAGACGAAACGAUUUCUUUUUUUUUUUCUCGCUACUCCAAAUUUCAUCCCCAUGUCGAACGCCCGACGCGUCGUAGGGACGUGACCGUUCGUCAGCGUUUUUGAACGACGUUUUGAUUUCUCUUUGUUUUUUGUUUUUUUUUUCUCACCCCAUUCAAUCGUCGCGCGCCAUGAAGAACACGUGUUUGAUAGUGAUUAUCGGAACGAGUUUUUUCAACUUGGUUUCUCAUUCCGAAAGUUUGUCCCAAUCCUUCCCCGAAACACCGGCGACCUUUCAGGGUGCGGUACGACACGCGAAAGAUUCGCGUUACGCUCGCAACGAUUGGACCGCAGUUUCUCACCACCGUCAGUUGGAAACUAAUCAACAGGAUGGAAGAAGACAAUACAGGGAACUCGCUACCUCGUCGAAUUCUUACCGCAACAACGAUCGGAUCGGUGCCGUUGAGAUACUCGAUAAGAACGCCGCUGCUGGUCCGGCGACAGGUACGGUGAACGAAUAUUCGGGGACGAAAAGAUCCUCGGCCUACUCGCCGGUAUAUCAACAUCAUCCGCAUCGACAGCAUCAUCAUAAUUUCAUCGGGCAUCAACAGAGAUCUGUCGGGGAAUCGUUCGACAGAGGUUACAGAAAUGUUCAACCCGUUUCGACCACCCCUCUGAAUCCUUCGGGAAUAUACACCAAAUACCAUGCCGGGAGAAGAGUUUGCACGAGACAAGCUCCGACUUCGGUCUCACAUCAUCAUAGAGGACGACAGAUAAGGUUAGUCUACACGGAAUUUCCUGGUAGUUUCUCCUGCUGUCCUGGAUGGACGCAAGUAACGCGUUUCAGUUUCGGAUGCAACAAACCCGCGUGUUCCACCGUUUGUCUCAACGGAGGGACGUGUCUCUCACCGGGAAGAUGCGCUUGCACGAAACAAUUUACCGGAAAUCAGUGUCAAAUAGACGUGGAUGAAUGCAUUACCGAAAAACCCUGCGCGCAACUUUGCCAAAAUACAGUCGGAGGCUACCAGUGUUCGUGUCGAGUUGGGUAUCAAUUGCAACCGGAUGGACAGUCGUGUCGUAAAAAUGGUAGCGAUGGAACGGCUUUCGAAGCCCGCGAUUUGGAAGCGGACUACAGGCCGGCCACAACUUCGACCACUCCUGCACAAGAUACGGAGAACGAGGUGAACGGCGACAGGGAUUUUGACAAGGACUAUGAAAUAAUCCUGAGGCGUAUUGCUAAGCUGGAAAAGCUAGUUGCCAGGAGCAAAAGACGAGACACUGGGACGACGGAUAUGAGUGCCAAAAUAAAUCUUGCGGUCGAAAACAUCGGGGAAGUGAAGAGGGCCAUUGAGAGUGUGCGUUCAAUGCAGCGGGAGAUUUAUGAUCUAAAAAAUAAAUUGACGCAUUUUGAACAAGAGUCAAAACAGAUGCAACAUAUAGCUAGUCGUAUGGCAGACCUCGAAGCCAGGCUGAGGAUACACUGUGGAUUUUUUAACGGCGGUAACGGUAGAGGAAAUUGCUGAAGAAAAUAAUAUUCGAAACCGUUAAUUUACCGCCAAAUAUCUUCGUUAAUAUUGAAAAAUGUGGAAAAUUUGUCCGAGACUCGAAGACUUCGUACGCUACCUGGAAUGCUUCGUUGAAUUGGUGGAUUUUGAAUGAUUUAUAACGGAUUUAAUACGUGCCUCCGUACCGAAUGAUCGCGGUCAUCGGAACAAACAAUUUUCCAGUGGUUAUUGCGUUCGACCAUAUGUUUAGUUCAUACUCAACGUAUGUGUAUACCUUUAUAAUUUUAUAUCGCCGUUUGUAAUAAUGUUAAACCUUAGGAAAUCGAGAAUGUAUUAAACUUUAUUAUCGUCGAUUUUGUAUUCAUUUGUAAUAAAACUGAGAUACAAUCAAUUCUUAA